AUGAAUGAGGAUACCCUCGAGUUAGCACAGGAUGUAAUCAUCCCUCUAGCAAUAUUCAUACCUUUAUUUCGCGAAAUCACAGACAUUACUAAUGAUAUUAUUGAAUUGUAUAAAACUGCUCAUACAAACAAAAGAAUUUGUGGUGUACUACUUGACAGGGUCCAAGCAACUGAGGUCGCAGUAAGAAACUUGACCCUUCGUGAAAAAGAAAAAUCAGAGUUUUUUACUGGACCAAAUAAUGUUAUUAUAAGAAAAUUAGUUUCGGAAAGUAUAAAUUUCAACCAAAAAAAGGUCGAUGGUGACAUCAAUUAUAUCAAAGAGGAUGUUGUGAGUGUUAAAAAAGAUGUCGCUGAAAUAAAAAAUCAAUUUAUCUUGAUGGUGAAAUGCUUUGAAGAAUUUGCUAUUAUCAAGGAACGUGCAAAAAACAUUGCUGAUGCGUCAUUAAAUAUCUUGGAUUUCACACCCACUUCAGAAACGCGUGGCAAAAUUCGAAAGUGGGUGAGGAAAUCAGAUGAUCAUGACGUUGCUUUUAAAGAAAUGGAUGAAAGUCUUUUGAAAAACCUUAAUCGUGAAGUUGGUCUGCUGAAAAUGCUUCAAGAAUCACGUGACGUAAUCCAGUUCUUCGGUUUAGUGGAGGAUAAACAUCAUUCAACAUUAUAUCUUGUUACUGAAUGGGCACAACAUGGAAAUCUACGUGAAUAUUAUAAGAAACAAAAGCUUGAUCAAUCUUCAAAAAUUCAAAUUGCGUUAGAUAUCGUUCGUGGACUUAAUUUCCUUGAGGCCUACCAAAUAUUACACCAUGAUGUCCGAAGUGCAAAUAUUAUGAUCGGCACUUAUGGAAAUGCGAAAAUUGCAAACUUUGGAAUGAGUCGUGGUUUUAUUGAUACUUCGAGAAAUAUUAAAUCGACUUCUAAUACUAUUCGGUACAUGGCUCCAGAAAAGAUACGCGGUAUGACUUAUGACUCACGAUGUGAAGUUUUCAGUUUCGGAAUGUUACUUUGGGAAAUUGCAGAAAUGAAGCUGCCAUUUUCCGAAUAUAAGCAUGAAUUUGAUAUCAGGAAUAAAAUAUUGGAAGAUCCUAUACAAUUAUCUUUUAAGAGUGAUAUGCCUAUAAAAUGGAAAAAACUCAUUUUGAAAGCAACAAGUAGUGAUCCGGAUAAACGUCCUCAAUUUAAAAAAAUACUUGCGAAGCUUAAAGAUUUAAAUCAAACACCAAUCACAUCUACUGACCAAAAUGGUUCAUCCCAAAAAAAAGCAUAUAUAAAAAAUAUUAUGUCAAUUGAAGAUGCGGUAAAACAACAUAAUAAAAUGGAUGGUGAUAAAGCUAAAGCUUGGGAAUCUUUUGAAUUUUAUUCUCAACUGGGUAUCUUCAUUCAUUUUAAUAGACUUCCUCCAUGUUCUAAAGAACAAAGACUUAAUCAAGCUGCCAAACUGUUUAAAGAAGCAGCUGAUGACGGUGAUAUAACAAUUUCUCAAUACUAUUAUGCAGUAUGUUUAUACCAUGGUCUUGGCGUGGAAAAAGAUUUACAAUCCGCCUAUGGAUAUUUUUGUAAAGCAGCUCAUAAAGGUGAUGCGAACUCAAUGUUUAAUGUUGGAAAUAUGUAUUAUGAAGGUGUAGGUGUCGAAAAGAAUGUUGAAGAAGGUAUUCAUUGGAUUAAAAUGGCUGCUUAUAAUGAUCUUGCUUCAGCUGUAAAGUUAUGUGAGGAAAAGGGUAUCCCACUUUGA